ACUGAAGGCACCAAGCACACACACACACUCACACACCUCCUUCUUCUCCGCCUGAAGCUCCGCUAUCUUUAGCAGCGACGUCGCAAAGGAUUACCGGAUAGACUACCUGCCUGCCUGCCUGUCCGCUCCAUCGCUUCACAGAAUCGACUACACGACGGCGACGCAACACCGACAAACGAUGGGGGAAUGACAACACAACCCCCGCUUCCCGACAAGACCCCACCAACAACCACCACCACCAACCACCACCACCACCACCGACGAUGCCGCCGCUCUCCAGCCGGAGGAGCGAACGUCAUCGCCGGGCCUCAGCGCUGUUCCUGGCCGUGGUCAUGCUCUGUGUCAUCCGCGCCUCUGCUAGCCUUCCAGCUGGCAAAAGGUGCCCGAACCUGGACUGUGCCAAAGAAGGACGCCAGCUGUGCAAGCCCGGCCUCACCGUCUGCGGACACUGCCUGACCCCCCUGGUGGAGAACGAGAUGGGACGCUGCGUGGUCAGGAAGCGAUACCACCAACACGCAAAAACGUCCUUCUACCCAGACCUGGAUGAAGAGAUCGACUUUAUUCACUCUUACAUCGAAAAACAAGAAGUGUCGGCCAUCGAAGCACCGAAAACGCAGAUGAAACCUCCUGUCGUCUCCCCGAGCGGCGGAAGGAAACUAGACGCCUCCGAGCAGGAGGGGCAGUCCAGCCAAGAUGGCUCCCCGGCCGUGAGCCGGAACGGCACGACCGCAGGCUCCGGCCGAGCGGGUCCCUCCAACACCUCCACCCCCCGGCCCGGGGGCACCGGAGUGGAGGGACGAGCGGGGCCGCGUAUCGAUGUGACUCACGGGGACGACAGGAUUGUCAUCAUCAUCAUCUCGCUGUUUGUGGUAGUCGGCACCGUGGCGUUGCUCCUGGCGACCAUUUGCUACAUCAAGUUGCAGAAAGAAUCACGUCUGACUCAGAAGGUGGACUAUCCCGCCUUCAGGGGAGCGGGUGUCACCGCCGCCGCAGAUGCUAGUAAAUCGAUGGGAGAUAAGACGCUGGCUCAAAGUGCUCAGAUGUACCACUAUCAACAUCAGAAACAGCAGAUGCUCUCCAUGAAUAACAAACCCCAACAAAAAGUCAUUGACGCCGAAGUCACCUCAGAUGAAGAAGAGGCGGGAGACUUCACAGUGUACGAAUGUCCUGGACUUGCACCGACUGGCGAGAUGGAGGUGAAGAACCCGCUCUUUGAUGACUCCAGCUUACAUUAUCAGGGCCACCCAAAGUGAAUGCUACACACACACACACACACACACACACGCACACACUGCAUGCAGACCAAUGGAGGAUCCCGGAUGAUUAAAAAAAAGUAUCUGCUAUAUAUUAUGGUUUCUCUCUUUGGCCCUUCACUAAUGGUCCCUUUCCUCCGUGUGAUGGAUGGAUGCUGCUUUUAUUGGCCCUUGUGUAAUGUUGGCUUCUUCUUUGUGACCUUUUUCUUUCUUUUAAUUAAAUUUUAAGCUCUUUAUAAGUUGCACUUCCUCUCUCCUCCACCUGGUUCUUAUUUGCAGCUGUUUCCAAAGAAUGUGACACACACACACACACACAUACUUACAUAGGGUACAUCUACAUAAGCAGAAAAACAGGUGCCCUCCCUUGUUUUGUCAUGCGUAGCUUGUGGCGGAACCACAUUCCGUGCAAGAUAGCCGGGACGUAUUUACCAUCCCACCUCCCCUCAGAGCGAGGUUUUUAGCAUCGCCGUCAGUGUCGCCCAGUCGAUAUAAGCUGCACUUUGAGUCAAUUUCAAGUCCAUAUAUGAAUCUAUAAACCCAUAUCAAUCUAGCAAGUACCUGAUGAUGUCUGUUGCAUGGAUUUGACCGUAACUGUGUUUGGAACAUGGCGAUGCUCGUUCUCCUGCCUCCCGUACGUAUGUAUGUAUGUAUGUAUGUAUGCAGCCUGUUUGCCAGGGGGUGGGGGGGUGUACAGUCCAAGCGACUAUAUUUUUGGGGCGGGAAGACAAUAUAACGGAUCCAUGUGUCGCUGGUGAAUUUGACUCGAUCUUGUGUUGUGCCGCUCUGUUUGUCCUCUUGUCGGCCCCCGAGUGACGCUCCUGCUGCAAAAUGUACAUAAAAGAGUGAAAGUGUUCACCUUUUAUAGAUAUUUGUACAUGCAGACCAAGGAUCACUAAUAAAACUUUUUACCACGUCAAUAUUA